CUGUGGCCGUACCCUUAGUCAGGUACUAAAAUUACAUACAACGAUAACAGAAGUCUGCUGGAGUAAUCAUUAUUGUUUUAAACCAAAAAAUUUAGUAGGAAAGUUAGGUUUAAAAAAUUGUAUUUACAUUGCAAUCAGUGAAAAUUUAUAAUAGAUUGUCGGCUUGUGUCAAUCCAUGUUGAGAUGAAGUUUAGGAACAACAUUUAUGGCACCGCGCGGAAAUUUCGCGACGGAUACUCGCAGCUCGCCCCACACGGGCCCUGCGUUCAGUUGGAUUAAUAAUCAAUGGCUUUGUUUGAGAAGAGGUAUACAAAUAAAGUGCUACUAGAUGAUACAGAGAAAUUAACGAGUGUCAUCGAAAAUGCUAGAACAGUCGACGGACAUACGGAAUACGUGAUUAGGACACAAAGAGGUCCGCUUCCUGAAAGAUCCUGGAGAGUUUGUAGACGUUACAAUGACUUCGUACAACUCAAUGGGGCUUUAUCGGCUUCUGGCCUCAACUUAUCUUUGCCCCCUAAGAGGAUUAUCGGUAACAUGGAACCAGAUUUCGUAGCUCGACGUCAAACAGCUCUACAGAAUUAUCUACACGUAAUACUAAUGAAUCCUAUUUUGGCGUCGUCCUUACCCAUGAAAAAAUUUCUCGACCCAGAGAAUUACACAGCGCCCUUGCAUGAAAUUGCACUUCAACAAGUAUCCCUAGCCUUACGUAGUGACGCGAAUUAUGAGGUCGGAAAGGCCAUUCCGGAUAUGGGAUGGCGGCUGAGGAAACAUUAUUACACUGUGAAAAAUAGGCAAAAUCCUAAGCAAGAAUUGUUACUUGCCUGGGUGGAAUUUGGGCCAGAUAAACAUCUCCAAGACAAGGAUAUGCAGGGUGUCUUUAAAAGUUUAGGCACUUUAAAACACGCACACAUAGAAGGAAUUGUACAUCAACAUGUAACUGAAAAUGGAGCCUUGACUAUUCGUAAUUUCCACGCAGAGGGGACUCUGAGAGAUAUUCUCUGCAGUACUAAGCCUAAGCAACCUUUCAUUAAAAAAUAUGGAAAUCCUAAACAGACCAAGUCUUUGUCUGCUUCGGAAAUAGCAACUUAUGGUUACGAGAUUUUGGAAGCUUUAUCCUUUCUUCAUGAAAAGGGAUUGCCUUAUGGUCAUUUGCAUACAGGAAAUGUUCUUCUCUCGUCUGCAGGUGCUAAAUUAUUGGAUAUUGAAAACGGUCUGCUUGGUCUGCCCGCAUUUUAUCGGCCUUACGUGGUCCAGAGACGAAAACUGCAUGCAACUACGCAAGUAGACGUUUAUGCAUUCGGUCAUGUUUUGUACGAAAUGGCGUUUGGAAGACCGUUAAUGGAAGCAACAUGUUCAGAUUUGUCGCACUGUGAUUCAAGUCUGAAGAAUUUGUUAGAUGUUAUUCUCUCUCCAGAAGCUCUGAAGCAAGAUCUACCAACAGUUCCACAUCUUAUGGAACAUCCAUUUUUUGAAACUGCGAAAAGAACUGCUUCCACUAAUGCCGGUUCUAUGGAGAAACCACAUUUUAAAUUAAGUAGUCAUCUCAAAGAUGCUUUACUUGAAGCUUCGAAUAAAGCGGAGUUGCGUCUCAGGGAUGAGCAGAAAGUCGCUAGACACCAAAAAAGACUCGUCAAGGUCCAGGAAAUGAUGAGUUCUGAAGAAGAGAUGAAGAAACGCAAACAAAAAUUGGUAAUUUUUAAAACACGUAGGGGAGAUCGGGGAAAAAAUAGGCAGAAAAAGGAACAAAAACUAGCCCAAGAGCAACGUUCUUUAAACCAGUUGGGAACAAAUGGGACAAAGCAAGUGAAUGGGAAAAGUCCAGAGAGAUCUGACAGUCCAACAAGCACUUCUACAGCUACGAGUGUCGGAACUGUGACACCUCCCUCCCAUGGUUCAUCAGAUCUGCAGACCAACCCUGAAUCAAGGAAAGCGCCGGCUCCGCCUCCAUUGCCGGUAUCAUCCACGUCUUUUGGCACUAAUCUUCCAAAUGUGGCGCCAUCGAAUGAACGUACCGCUCUUCUCGGAAGCAUCUGUAUGUUCGACAAAUCUAAACUUCGCAAAGUUGCCAAUGGUGUCCAUUGACGUUAGUUGAAUAUUAAACCAGUCUUUUAGCUUAGACGCACUCCAAGUUUAGGACACAACCAAGUUUCUCUCGCUGGUGUCAUAAGCUUUAUAAUGAUGAUACAAAUAUUUUUUAUUCCAUUCCUAGAGUGAUUGUAUUAUUCAAUAGUGAUGUCGACUGGCUCGAAAAUUAUGACUGUACUUGUUCUAAUAAUUUUUAAGGAUCAUCAUACAGUUCAAAUAAUUAUGUGCAUUCACUUUUUUUAAGAUAGUUCGUUGUUAAUAUCCAGAUUCUUUUAUGAGAGAAAUUUUAAGACUGCUCAAUUUUUGUAUAGUGAGAGAUGAACAGUUUCUCGAGUUUAGAGCUGUUAUGAUAAGUUGCUUUAAGGUAUGUUUUCCAAUGAAUGUGCAAUAAAUAGUUCAAUUUGUUGCUUUUUAGUUAUUAAGAUCUUUUCCAUUAAUUGUUCCUCCAUGCACGAAUAAAUAUUCUCUCAGCCAUUUAUAAAUAAAAAAAUUCUAAAGUGUAAUUUUAAAAUUUUAAGAUACAUGUGUUAAUAUUAAAUUGCCUAUCAACAGAAAUCUGAUAAAGUUUACUAAGCUUGAUAGGUUCUCUACAUUUUUAUCAUCUCUUUUAUAUCGCAGCUGUGAUUAAAUCAUUACAUAAAUUUUAUACAGUCAAAGAGAUGCAAUUGUUUUCUGUAAGAUGUUUUCUUUGUUUUACAAAGAUUUUUUAUUUUAUAAUUUAUUAAAAAUUAAUAUUUAGAUUCAGAAUUAAUUAUAAUUUGUUGAAAAGCAAGUAUUUUAAUGGUUGUCUACAUCCUUGUAAGAAAACAUCCAUGAUUCUAAACAUAACUUUGUACAGCUCUACACAUAAGUUUCAAAAUUUCGACAUUUUCAUAAAUCUAAUUCAGUCUGCUAACUUUUUUUAAAAAAAUAUUUUGAAUAAAUCGUAAGUUUUUAAAAUAAAAAUAAUGUAAAGAAAAUUAACAUAUACGAGUAUUUAAUUAAGAUUGUAUCUUAAGUACACUCGAAUCUCGCUAUGACGAGCAUUUGUUAUAACGAGUUGCUCCAAAAUUUUGUUAUUUACUAUUAUAUUUAAGUGCAUUUUAUUACAAAAUUUAAAAUGGGAUCAUCUCAGAUUCCUCCUGUUCAACAAACAACGUAAAUAAUAAUUUUAAAAAAGUUUCGAAUAAAACAAGUAAUUUAUUUUUUUUAUUAUUUACAUAAUAAUUAAUUCGUAGGUUAAAAAUUGAUAUUCAAUAAAAACUAGUCUUGUGGUUGGAUCCCCUCUCGCCUUCGCCACAUCAAAUGUUUAUGGUUCUCAACUUCUCGUUAUACCGAGAUUCCAGUAUUUACGUAGAACCUAAAAAAUUAAAAUAUUUAACUUGAAAGUAGGCAAGAAUAAUUUUUGAAAUAGUUUUGAAAUUAAUAUAACGAUAUCCACCUCUUUAUUACGUCGAUAAUUACUGGACAUUAAUUUGUAAAACAGUUUGUUCAAAAUGUUUCAGUUUGAAUAUAGGCCCUCUUAUGUGGAAUUUUAUUCUAAAAUUAUUGUAUGUUUAAACAUGAUUUAUUGUCUAUAAAAAAAUUUUUUUAUUAUUUUAUAUUUCAAUUAUUUAUAUGCUUUGUUAUUGUUAAGUACAAAUUACAAUAUGCAACAUUUAGUUUUUAGAAGUACUUAUGUUCAAAAAGGCUUGUUAAUGCUUAAUUAAUUGAAAAUAAAUAUUUAUUGUUAAAAUACACAUAUCAGAUUUGACUACUCGAAUUUAAAAAUUUUUCUAACUACAAUAAAUUCAAUUAUUACAAUUAACAAAUAAAACAAAGAAAUACAUCUCUACUUGUUACUAAAAUUUUCUUAUUAUUAUUCAUGCAUGGAGACAAUAGAUGUGAGAUUAUGGGAAAUAAAAAUAACAAAUUUUAAUAAGCAACAUAAAAAUAUAUACAAGAAAAUAUUAAUAUGCCGCUAAAAAGUGGUAAGUUCUUUUGUAAAUAUCUAAGCAUCAUCUAUUCCUAUACUCGUAUUUUCAUGUUGGAAUAAAAUGUUCCAAUUGCCAUAGCGCCUGUAAAAUAUAAACGUAUGAAGUUGACAACUGUUAAAGAUGAUAAAAAAAAAUUAGAAAGCUGCUCAGCCAUUUUUUAUUAAUGUGAUGCGCGCGUUUUUUAGUUACAGAGAAAGAUUAAUUAAAAAUAUUAAAGUAGUAUGUGAAAGCUAAGUAUAAAAUAUUAUCAAAUUGUGCAUAUAAAUAUACAUACGAAGCAGAAUGUUACCUAUGUGAUUACUAUAUUAUUAUACUGUAAGAAUAUAUUAGGAAUACCAAUA